GUGUGGACGCCGAGCUGGGUCUGCCGUAAUGCUGCUGCUGCACAGAACUGUGGUCCCAGGGCUCCGACAGGCCUACAGACUCAAGUCAGCCCCCUCAAGGCUCUGCAUUCGGGCCUGCUCUACAAAUGGUUCAUUUCAGCCACAGCACUCCAGCCAUGCCUUCUCUGGUGAUAACUCCAGCACCAGGGGAUGGAGAGUCAUGGGGACUCUGCUAGGCCUUGGUGCAGUAUUGGCCUAUCAUGACCACCGGUGCAGGGCUGGUCAGGAGUCACCACGCCUAUACACGAGGGAGGAAGUGAGAUCCCACAGCAGCCCUGAAACUGGGAUGUGGGUGACUUUGGGCUCUGAGGUCUUUGAUGUCACAGAAUUUGUGGACCUACACCCAGGGGGUCCAUCAAAGCUUAUGCUAGCAGCUGGGGGUUCUCUAGAGCCCUUCUGGGCCCUCUAUGCUGUUCACAACCAGUCCCACGUGCGAGAGAUACUGGCUCAGGACAAGACUGGGGAGCUGAGCCCCGACGACAAGGCAGCCUCCAUCGUGAAGACCUCUGACCCUUACGCUGAUGAUCCUAUACGUCACUCAGCCCUGAAGGUCAACAGCCAGCGCCCCUUUAAUGCGGAGCCCCACCCUGAGCUGCUGACAGAAAACUACAUCACACCCAACCCUAUCUUCUUCACCCGGAAUCAUUUGCCUGUACCUAACCUUGACCCAGACACCUAUCGCCUACAUGUAGUAGGGCCACCUGGGGGUCAGUCACUGUGCCUAUCCCUGGAUGACUUGUACCAGUUCCCCAAGCACGAGAUCACGGUCACUCUGCAGUGUGCCGGCAACCGGCGCUCUGAGAUGACUCGGUUCAAAGAAGUAAGAGGUCUGGAGUGGAGUGCAGGGGCCAUUAGCACUGCACGCUGGGCUGGGGCACGGCUCUGUGAUGUGUUAGCCCAGGCUGGUCACCAGCUCUCUGAAACUGAGGCCCAUGUCUGCUUUGAGGGACUGGACUCAGACCCCACAGGGACUGCCUAUGGAGCAUCCAUCCCUCUGGCUCGGGCCAUGGACCCUGAAGCUGAGGUCCUGUUGGCAUAUGAGAUGAAUGGGCAGCCUCUGCCUCGUGACCAUGGCUUCCCUGUGCGGGUGGUGGUUCCUGGUGUGGUGGGUGCCCGCCAUGUCAAAUGGCUGGGCAGAGUGAGCGUGGAACCCGAGGAAAGUUACAGCCACUGGCAGCGGCGGGAUUACAAAGGCUUCUCUCCGUCUGUGGACUGGGACACUGUAGAUUUUGACUCGGCUCCAUCUAUUCAGGAACUUCCUGUCCAGUCAGCCAUCACACAGCCCAAAGAUGGGGAGACAAUAGAGUCAGGGGAGGUGACUGUCAAAGGCUAUGCAUGGAGUGGUGGAGGAAGAGCUGUGGUCAGGGUGGAUGUGUCUCUGGAUGGGGGCCUAACCUGGCAGGUGGCUGAGCUGGAUGGAGAGGAACAGCGUGCCCGAAAGGCCUGGGCCUGGCGGCUAUGGCAGCUGCAAGCCCCUGUGCCAGCUGGGAAAAAAGAAUUGAACAUCGUUUGUAAGGCUGUCGAUGACAGCUACAAUGUUCAGCCAGACACAGUGGCCCCAAUCUGGAACCUGUGAGGCGUGCUCAGCAAUGCCUGGCACCAUGUCCACGUCCAUGUUGCUCCAUAAGAAAGUGAAAUGGAACCAUCUACUCUCCAGAACCACCUUCUGAACCCCUUUCCACACCCAUCUCUUGGCCUCAUUACCACAAAAAAUCUUUCCCUCCACCUCUCCAUGUCUUGGAUCACAACCCUGACUAUGCCUUCCGAAGCCACACACAGGUACAUGCAUUGCACACUUCCACCCAGGCACCCACUCCCCUUUGACAGGAGGUGUUACAUACCCCUCCUGGCCACUGACCCAGUGCCUUCGAGGAGGUAAGAGCUGCUGGAGCAAAGGACUAGAAGUAGGAAAAGUAAUUCUGGAAGUAAGUGCUAUUUUCUCUACCUACCCUAUCUCCAUUUCUAAUGACUAUCACCACUGAGGCCUUAUUUUGCUUUUCUUCUUGGAUUCUUCAGAGAAUGUGUGAGGAUACGUGUAAGAAAAGUGUAUAUGCAACUUUUUACUGCGUCUUUAGGUUGCCAGGGGUUGUGAAGGGCGCAACCCUCUCCCUUUAUUGUUCCACUUUUCUAAAUACAUCAAUAAAAUAUCUGUUUAAGACUAAAAAAAAAAAAAAAAAAAAAAAGGA